AUGCCGACUCUCUACGGUCAAGAGAUGUCAACAGACGCCACAAGAAACAGCCCGGAUGAGACGCCAGAGACUAUCAUGAGAGACAUCCACGCGCUAACUCCGACGGUGCCAGAUGAUAAUUCCCGGACGAUGACGGCGUUGCCUCCACCGCCGGCUUUCCAAGGCUAUUUUUCUCCGACGAAAAUGAGCGAAGGAGCUUCUUCCGGUGAGAACUUCACUACCAUAAGCAGAGAGUUCAACGCUCUCGUUAUUGCCGGUUACUCCAUGGGUAACAACAACGAACCGGAGGCUCGUGAAGUCACGCAGCUUGAUGAUCAGAGACAACACGACUUGAUGAGGGUCCACGAGGAAAGGGUUGAAGAGGAGACGAAUCCUUUGAAUUUCUAUUUGAUUGGGAGAGAUGAGAGCAAAACCUUAGAUGAAGAUCCUACAAGGUAUACAAAUGCACAAAUGCGUGACCUCAAAAGAUGGAUAAGCCGAGGGAACGCGAAGCAUGGUGGGCUUAAAGCAGUCACAACUUGCUAUGGAAUCAUUGAUGUGCAAGCCAAAGAAUGUUACUUGAAUGUACCGUAUCCAGGUGGGUGCAAUGAUGCUUUUUGCAAUAAAGAAGCAAGAGUCCACCCAUCUCAUAAAAAGUUGAAAUAUCUUAUAUGCAAAUGCGUUAAUAACAAUUCAUGUAACUGCCGACAUUCGCCUUGCGAAACUGGUGGCCCCUAG